UGGUCUAGAGACUUCAUGGCCAGGAGUCAAGGGUACAAGCACACGUUCAUUGACAGUCAUUGCCAUAUUGACUUCACCUACAAACAGAUGAACGUUGGCAUGACCACCACUUACCAGAGUUUUAGGGAGUCCAUGGCGGACUCAUAUCCCGACAACUACGAAGGGUGUGUUGCUGUCUUCUGUAAUCCCAAUACAUUUUCUGCUAAAUGUGAGUACAUCUGUUUCAUCACUUUUACAUAAUAAGUUUUCUUUACAGCUAGUAUUGUAAGAGAAAAAAUUGCGAAUGUAUAAUUUAUGCCCUCUAUGUUAGUUUGAUUUUCUUUAGAUUUUCUCUAACAUUUAAAACUAAAGUUUGCAAUAGUUAAUUCAGUUCUUUAUUUAUAUUGAAUUUUUAUUUUAGAAAUAUUAAAAUAUGUUUGAUAAUCCCUUUUUUUGACCCAUCCAUUGCUCUCUAACAGUUCCCAAAGAUCUGAUCUUCAGAACGGUAUCUGGAGAAGACGGCGUGUGGUUGGCGUUUGGUUGUCAUCCCAAGAGUGCCACCGAGUUCAAGGACGUUCACGAGCAGGGGCUGAGGAAAUAUCUGAGUCACCCAAAAGUCGUUGCCCUCGGGGAGAUCGGCCUGGACUACUCGGGCACAUUCCACAGACACGCUGACGUACAGAAGCGAGUGUUCAGGACCCAGCUUAAGAUCGCCUUGGACAUGUUCUUGCCACUGGUCAUUCAUUGCCGUGAUGCAGACGAUGAUUGCUUGGAGAUCAUGCGCGAGGUGAGUUGAUAUUCGCUACAUGAAUCUUAAUGGAUAUGACUAUUUAUGUUUAUGUUUAAAACAGAUGCAUUUUGAUAUGAAAUGAUAUAUAUUUCUAUAGCUUGUAAAAAGAUUGCUCACGCCUUAUAAUAUAUAUAUAUAUAUAUAUAUAUAUAUAUAUAUAUAUAUAUAUAUAUAUAUAUAUAUAUAUAUAAUAUAUAUAUAUAUAUACAUGUAUAAAUCAAUCUAAUGAAUAACACGAAUCGCUUUGUUACAACAUCGAGUGAGCAAAAUAUUCCAUAUUAUAAACAUUAUAAUAAUAAUAAUAUCCGGAGAUUUUUUUGUUAAUUUCUUUAUUUCAAUUUUUCCUAAAGUAAUGCGGACAUAUACACUCCAUUGAUAGAUGCAUUGUUUUAGAUUUCGAUACUUCUGCUGACGCUGAGAAUGUUUCCACAUUAAAUUAUUUGUAUGCCUUUUCUUGACAUAUUUUAAAUAACAGUUUUAUUUAAGUACCUUUUGCAAACCACUGAUUUAAUGUACUUAAUACACAAUGAUUUGUAUUUAUUAUCUUGACAGCUGGUGCCACGUGACCAUAAGAUCCACGUCCACUGCUUCACCAGAAAUGAGCACAAAGCCAGACACUGGUUGGACAGUUUCCCUAACCUCUACCUGGGUCUGACCCCUGUCAUCACCUACCAGUCAGCCGUGGAGCCCAUGACCGUGGCCGCUAGGAUCCCCCUGGACCGACUUUUGCUAGAGACUGAUGCCCCUUACUUUGUACCUGGCAGCAUCAAGGUAUGUUUGAACAUUUUGAUUUUAAACUCUCAUUCUUGUGUAUAUAAAAAAAAAAAAAAAAACUAGGCUACAAUGACUACACAUUCCUAAGUUGUAUCAAUUUUUUUUAUCUUAAAUAAAUAAACCUGUGACUAAAUAGCACGAUAAAAAAAUAUUUAUUUUAAAUAGAAAAACUCUAUAAAUUUAAAUUUUGUUUGUGUCGAAAUGUCAUUAACGUGUGAUAAUCCUUAGAAAGCUAUUCUUACUAGGCUCGCAUUAGUCAUUGGAAUGUUGUCUAUCUUGUAGGUUUUAAAAAUUAAUUAUUUUUUGUAUUUGUGUUUCAGGGCAACUUAAAAGUGUCUCACCCCGGUCUGGCUCUGGUAACAGCUGAGAGAAUCGCAGAACUCCGAGGGGUCUCAGUGGACGUAGUGCUCAAAGCCACAAGACAGAACACGAGAAAUAUGUACGGAUUAUAA